GAAGAAGAAUAUUGUAGACCAGAUCGCUCGCGCAACGCGCAACCGUAAGGGUUUCGCAAGGGUUUCGCCGAGCCUCGUUCAUGCACCACAUUUGGAAGGUUGUAGGGCAAUCGAGAGCUGUAGCAACAACGGCAACUUCUAUAGAAAGCUGCAAGCCCCGUGCUCCAGAACAAAUCAAGGAAUGCUCAGGUUCCUUUUCUUGACAUCAUUGUGUUCUGCAAGAUCUGUUCCUCAUUUCAGUCAUGAAGAGAGGGAUACGUAUCAAGACCAAACUGAUGAUUUGUUCAACUAUACUUUCGGCUACGGGAAAACCCAGCUGCCAUACACCGGAGAAAGUGGAAUACGCAUACCCCUCAAUCCUGAUACCGGGAAAUCUGGUUACGGAACCGUUUGCGCUAAAGACGAGGACUGCUCAUCUAGUUUAGGUUUGGCUUGCACUUUCAACGGAGGCAACGGUGAUGCCAAGUGCGGUUGUGCCCGUGGGACACCAAUUUUCAUAACAGACAACAUUGGGAUUGCUAAAUGCGUUCAAGCAAAGCGCCUGUACGAAUCUUGCAUGAGCGACCUAGAAUGCAACCAGAACGACGAAAACAUGCAAUGCGUCGACUUUCUGUGUUACUGCCCUAGGCCUUACGUUCUUGCUAGUAACCAGCGCUGCAUCCCUGGCAAAGCAUCUCCCGCAGCUGUAUUUUACAGUGCUUUGCCGACACUGGUGUUGCUUCUAACGCUGCUUGUCUUGGGGGCAGGUUACUCAUAUCAAAGCAGGCUUCAUCGUGCAUCGGACCAGGAGAAAUCCCACAGUGGUCGCAGGGAUAGCCCGGUAGACCACGAGUCUCGUGCUCACAGUGGCGCCCUCGUAUGCUUCUCUCCGUACCGCGCUCGCAAUUCCUCUGCUUUCCAAUGCUGCAUCGAUCCUCGCCAGCGUUACUAUGAGAUGUACGGAGAAUACGCAUCUUGGGGAUACGCCAAAGUCCCUAAGCACCCACCGCGCUAUAUCCGGCACUCCGAAGAAAACAGAGUCAAUAGUGCAGGAAGUAGUUUCCUCGGUGUUGACGGUUCCAGGGAAACUGAAAAGCGAAAAGAACUCGCGGUAACUGCUGUUGCUCCAGUUCAUCAAGCGCUGACAACCCAAACUCCCCGAUCUCAUAACGAAGUAUCCAUCUGCGUCCCACCGAGGUACAAGCCUGGAGUUACAGGUUGUGGAAAGACAAGCAGAGAGAGGAGGCCCAACCAAAGAUUGCUAGCUGCGAUCAAGCGAUCAUCUUCUGGGCAGAUUCCUCAUCCUAAAGAACUGAAAGCCUUUCUUAACGCGCGAGACGUUGUCAUCAACGUGGAACCCAUUGCGUCAGUCAAGGAUGUUGACUGGACGUUGGAAAGUGGCGCCGCAUGUGCUGCUGCAUCAAGUAUGAAACAAAGUGCGCACUCAAAUUCUCGUUGUGAAGACACAGAUUCUCGCGCUGCUAUCUCUUCUGGAUCUAUCACAGAGGGGGAAAAUGCUUCACUUGGUGCGGCAUCGCUGUCGCAGGAUCAAACUAUUGCAAUGUCGGAAGAAUUCACUCCAACUUACUGGACUGAUUCACAAAACAUAUCUUCUACAACACUUCUUCUGGAUCACCUCGGUGGCACAAUGCCAUUUGGAAGUUUCGCUGAGCAGAAACAGCCGUUGGAUAUGGGGCAUCCUUCAAAGCCACAUUCUGCGACAUUCUGUCUAAGGCAGGCGAAGUCCAUGAACUUCAUUUGCGAAUCAUUGGGCAGCACUGGAAGUCGACAUGCUUUUGGCCAUGUGUUGACCGGGCGACGGCGCGUAUUGUCCAGCAAUGAUGUCAGUAUGUUAAUUGGAGAAUCAAUUGAAACUGAUAUCGACAGCACUUCAAAGCACGAAGCGGAAUCCGAUAUUAGCAAGUCGAAUGCAGGAGCAAGCGUCGAUGGUGCACCUAGUAAACCCGGUAAAGGAGAGAAGAACGAAAUGUGGAGUAUUAGCCAAGACGGCCAGAAUAGUCACACGAGAACGCCCCUCCAAACAGUUUCAGGCAGACAGGGUGAUAGACGAGUUCUGAUAACACCACAGGCCCGACAUGGAGCUCCUGGAACGAAAAAAACUGUGAACCAAUAUGGAACAGAACUGGUCGUUAACGCCAGGUCAGAAACAUCACUCUGCAAGAGUUCUGAAUCCUUUCCUCCGGAAAUGGAAAUAAUCCAGCCACAUAGUGUUCUAAAAUAUACUUUCGUGUCACACCUCCCACCAGAACACACAGGUGAGUUAUCCGUAGAAGACAUGAGUGUCAUCAGAAGCAGGCUUUGCAAAACACCACCUCAACUAAUGUCAUCCGGCUUCGACAUCUUUUCAUCUAUCGAUACAAAUCUAACUGAAGAACCAUCGUGCUUCCACAUGAACAUUAACAGCAACGUUGGCUUUCAAGAAUACUUGGAUAAUAAUUGGCCAGAUGCACUUAGUCGAAAGUCGCUAGGCUACAGGCCACAGACACCUUGCACUCUUGAAUGUCAAACAGGUGAACUACUAACAAAUUCAUCUGUCGAGGUAGCACAUUCUACGCGUAAAACGUCCCCAAACGAGAAGUUCAGGCACGCUCUACGGCUAAACGAAACGGCGUGUUCCUUGAAAUUGCUGCCGAGGAAGGUUGCCCGUCAGAUAUCAGCAGAAGCAGAACGUUCGGCAACAAUGCGUCCUUCUCAAACACUCGCAACUACAAGUGACAGAGAAGACAAUCAGGCCUAUAAUAAAGAAGAGGUGAUUCAGAGAUGUUCUUCGAUGUUGUCAUGUAAUGAAGGCGGAGAACCUACGGCAUCGAGAUCAGCUCCCGUUAUUGCUACGGAAUCUAUUUCCGAUGGCGAAUCAGACGUGGCUCCUAGGAUCAAAAGUCCCUUGUGCCUUUGCCAUGUGCCGACAUGUCUACCAGAGCCACAUUGGACUGACGAUCUACUUGGGACAUGUCGGAACCAUUUCAUCACUACCCAAGCAGAAAGCGGGUCUUGGAUCCUAAGCGAACAACGCAACACUGGUCGCAGCGAUAAGUCGAAAUCUGCUGACACCAGCACUCAAACACAUAUUACGGGACAGUUAAUUAGAUCAUUGGAAGAACAAACUUUUAACCGCGCAAACUUUAUUGAUCUCGUAUCAAUUGGCAACCAGCAUUACGCACGAGAACACCGUUCCAUUAUGCCUGGACUCGCAUCACAGGUGCUGGAUGAAACAGAAUACGCCAAAAAGAUUAUAUUUGGAAAUCUGGCGGCGGGAUUCAUUGGCAUGCCUUAUAUGCGUCCUGGUGAGGACACAUUGAGUCCAGUAGGGCCACUCAAGCUGCAAGACCUCAUCAUACGAAAACAUCCAAUUUUAAAAGUCGUUCUGCAGCUACAUAACGGCAAUAUUUCUCAAACCACGAUGCCUAUAAUAGAAAGCAUUGUUCAAACUGAAGCAUCUCAUGAUGCGCUACCGCAUGAAGAUACCGCGCUUUCGGGUGGAGGGGUUCCUGGUCGCAUAGACCAUUCGGACCAGUCUCCUACAAAGCGCGUUACAUUUCAACGUGCGUCAUCCUGUGCGCUAACAGAUUGCCACGAGAGCUCUAUGCUAAAGGAACCGUUGCAUUCUAAAUACACGGGAGACGGACAUACGGCACCACACUCUCAAGAACAAGUCACAAGAGACGUUCAUCCCCAGGCGGUUCUGAGCUCCGCUUCCAUCCAGGACGAAACCUGCUUUGAAUCUAUGUACGAUGCUGCCUUACAGUCGGAGAGUGGUACGCUAGUAAAAAUAGUAACUGAACGACUGAACUCGGGUGAGCGAGACCAGGAUGAAAUCGCCAGGACGGUAUCGUCUUGUGGAGAAACUAGUACUUCAUUUCAUGUCUCAGAUACUGAGGUUAUGAAAGCAUCCUUCGGCGACCGAAGUACUCCUAGGAUGGCGCGUUACGGACCUCAAGACUCUCGUGAAGAUGCAUGCGAAGCGUGGGCCAUUCAGGUUGCAGUAUCAGAUUCCGCGCUUCACCGCGACAAUCCUAUUUCAUUUGGAAGUUCAUCUCAAUGGCCUUCAGAUGAGAAUUCUUCUGGUGCAGAUGGUCGCAUAUAAAGCAUUAUAUGUUCA